AUGGGGACGGGUGUGUCAAAGAACACGGAGGGAUGUUUGCAGGGAGGAGAGGGGAGAGAGGAGGAGAGCCUUGACCAAGCAGGCGGUCAACUCUAUGUGUCACUGAAGAUGGAGAAUUACAGGGUUAAAGGCGACCUUAUUCCUCACGUUUAUGGCUCUGUCCCUCUUGUUGGUUCCUGGGAUUCUUCUAAAGCUCUUUCAAUGCAACGUGAAUCGGCGUCAAUGUGGGAAUUAAGCUUUGUUGUUCCUCCUAAUCACGAGACUUUGGAUUUCAAGUUUCUUUUGAAGCCAAAGUACGGCAAUAUACCAUGUAUUGUUGAGGAAGGUCCAAACCGACAAUUUACUGGGGGUACCUUGCAAGGGGAUGCAAGGGUGGCACUCUUUAAGCUGGAAGGUGACGAGGUUCUUGAAUAUCGAGUAUUCAUAAAAGCAGAUAGGGUUUCCCCAUUUGACCUUGCUGCUAGUUGGAGAGCCUAUCAAGAGAACUUCCAGCCUUCAACUGUUCGUGGAAUUCCUGAUGUUAGUAUAAAUUCUGUGCCUGCAUCUGGUGCCGAGAAUGGCUCUUCAACUAGUUUGGAGCUUGACCUUGAACACUAUGUUAUCCCUGCUCCUGCAACUUCUGCAAACUCAGGUCUGGUUUAUGCAGCUAAUUUGACAGAGAAUCCACGGUCAUUAACCCGUGCUGGGGUUUUCUCAAACAAUGAUGGAUCGGGCCCUAUACUAAAUACCUCCAAAGACAGUGGUAUUACUGCUGAUCGUCCUCCAACUAUAAAGGAGAUGGAGGUCAUCGUCCCUGAUCCUUCAAAGAUUUAUCCAGGUUCAGGGACAGUUGAGUUGAAGUCAGUGGGAACUUUUUCACCUUUGCAAAAGCAAGAUGGUCACAGGGGACUAUUUGUGGAUAGGGGUGUUGGAUCUCCCAGGCUGGUUAAAUCAGGAAGUUCAAGUACUUUUUCUGCUGAUCUCAAAUUGGAUGAAGAAACUAAGAAUACAAUGCCAGCAGCUGCAGGAGCUGUUGCAGCUGCGGCUGUAGCUGAUCAGAUGCUUGGACCGAAGGAGGAUAGGCAUUUAGCAAUUGUUCUGGUUGGUUUGCCAGCUCGAGGAAAGACUUUUACUGCAGCAAAGCUAACAAGAUACCUACGCUGGUUAGGGCACGGCACCAAGCACUUCAAUGUCGGAAAGUAUCGACGCCUUAAGCACGGAACUAAUCAGUCUGCUGAUUUUUUCCGAGCUGACAAUCCUGAAGGCAUGGAGGCACGUAAUGAGGUAGCAGCCUUGGCAAUGGAUGAUAUGAUAGCUUGGAUGCAAGAAGGUGGCCAGGUUGGAAUAUUUGAUGCUACUAAUAGUAGCAGGAAAAGAAGGAAUAUGCUAAUGAAAAUGGCUGAAGGAAAAUGCAAGAUAAUUUUUUUGGAAACGAUCUGCAAUGAUGAGCGCAUUAUUGAAAGAAACAUACGUCUAAAAAUUCAGCAAAGCCCUGACUAUGCAGAAGAACCAGAUUUUGAAGCUGGAUUAAGAGAUUUUAGAAACCGAUUAGUCAACUAUGAAAAGGUUUAUGAGCCGGUGGAAGAAGGAUCUUACAUCAAAAUGAUUGAUAUGGUGAGCGGGCAUGGGGGGCAAAUACAGGUUAACAACAUAAGUGGCUAUCUUCCUGGACGAAUUGUGUUUUUCUUGGUGAAUACACAUCUCACGCCACGCCCAAUAUUACUUACCCGGCAUGGAGAGAGUCGGGAUAAUGUUAGAGGCAGGAUUGGUGGGGACAGUGUACUGAGUGAUGCUGGAGAAAUUUAUGCAAAGAAACUUUCUAACUUUAUUGACAAGCGACUGAAAUCUGAAAGGGCAGCUUCUAUAUGGACUAGCACACUGCAAAGAACAAUUCUGACGGCAGGUCCAAUUGUUGGAUUUCCCAAGAUACAAUGGCGUGCGCUUGAUGUAAAUGCUGGAGUUUGUGAUGGAAUGACAUAUGAAGAAAUUAAAAAAAACAUGCCUGAUGAGUACGAGUCUCGUAAGAAGGACAAACUAAGGUAUCGGUAUCCUCGGGGAGAAUCUUACCUGGAUGUCAUCCAAAGGCUUGAGCCGGUAAUCAUUGAGCUUGAGAGGCAAAGAGCACCGGUUGUAGUGAUAUCUCACCAGGCAGUAUUGCGAGCACUUUAUGCUUAUUUUGCUGAUAGGCCCCUCAAAGAAAUACCGCACAUUGAGGUGCCACUUCACACAAUAAUUGAGAUACAGAUGGGGGUUUCAGGAGUCCAAGAGAAAAGAUACAAGCUCAUGGACUGAAUGAAUAUCCGGUAAGAGAGACUUUCUUUUUUCUAAAGAAUGAUGAUUUGGUACAGUCAAACCACCGAUGUAAUAUUUUCAUUCUUUGAAUUACGAUUUAACCAAAUGGGUAGCCUUAGCUGAACCGAGACUCCAAUAAAAAAUCAUCAAUACACAAGGCUUUCACUCUCUUUAAUUGUAUAAAAUGCACGGUGCUUUUGGCAUAGGAAUCCCUACUCCUUUUGAUCAAUAUGUAUACAUUUGAUUGCCUUGAGAGUAGUCAUAUUGUAUCUUCUGUAAAUAAAAAUAUAUUAUAGUGAUGCUUUGCUUCCAA